GGGAAUUGUAGUACGUUCUUCUGUCAUCAGCUUCAGUUCUGUCACUGGAUUUUUGGUAGAGUAGUGGCGAACAUACAUUCGUUAACUCCUCAGAAGCAAACAGGAACUGAGGAGGCGAGAAGAAAAGAUAGGAAGAUUCAUUUGUCAGAAUUAUUGCAAAAGAGCAGAAGAGACUAUCACGUGGAUUGUGGAAGAAGGAAGAGUGAAACCUUGUGAGAAGGACCAUGUUGUUUACAGAGGACUCUACAUCAAUGAUUACAGUAGCGCUUCUGGUAGUCCUUGUGGCACUCAUUUACUGGUAUGCUACUGCCCCGUAUUCCCAGCUCCACAAGCUUGGAAUCCAGCAUCCCACGGUCAUGCCCUUUGUUGGGAACCUGUUCUUCUUUAGCAAGGGAUUUUUGGAUGGCCACCAGAAGCUGCUAAAUGAAUAUGGGCGACUUUGUGGGUAUUAUGUUGGGCGCCAACCUGUUAUCUUGACUGCGGAUCCUGAAAUGCUUAAACAUAUUCUUGUGAAGAACUUCAUUAACUUUCCUAAUCGAAUGCAUGUAAGAAUGGUUACCGAACCCAUGAGUGAAAGUAUUUUGUUUUUACGGAAUGAGAGAUGGAAACAUGUCAGAAGUAUGCUAACCCCAGCUUUCAGUGCUGCAAAGAUAAAGGAGAUGGCUCCCUUGAUAAACAAAGCAUGUGAUGUUCUUGUGAAAAACCUCCAAGCAUAUGCUGAGUCAGGUGAAAAUUUCAAUAUCUGCAGGUGUUAUGGCAGUUUCACUAUGGAUGUUGUUGCUAGUGUGGCUUUUGGUACUCAGAUAGAUUCCCAACACAACCCAGAGGAUGCUUUUGUGAAGAAUGCCAAGACGUUCUUUGAAUUCAAUACAUUUGGGCUUCGAAUGAUGCUAGCAAUAGCGUUCCCAUUUUUGAUUCCUGUUCUCCGUAACAUGCCUAGCAAAAAGGGAGCUGAGAUGAAUUCAUUUUUUUUGCAAGCAGUAAGAAAAAUGAUUGCUUUCAGAGACCAGCAACUGCCGGAAGAGAGACGAAGAGAUUUCCUUCAGCUAAUGCUGGAUGCAAGGAACACCAGUAACAGUAAUAUAGGUGUGGAACACUUUGACGUUGUUAAUAAAGCAGAUGAAUCACUGCCGCCUAUAGCAAUUUCGGGAGAAAAAACCUCUAACAGAACACAGAAGACCUUGUCAGAAAAUGAAAUCCUUGGCCAAGCCUUUAUCUUCCUGGUGGCUGGCUAUGAGACAACUAGCAGCACACUCGCCUUUACCACUUACCUUUUAGCCAAUAACCCCAAAUGCCAAAAGAAACUGUUAAAUGAGGUGGAUGCAUUUUUCUUAAAAUAUGAUGUUCCUGACUAUAGCUCAGUACAGGAGCUAAACUACUUGGAUAUGGUAAUCUCAGAAGCACUGCGGAUGUAUCCACCUGCAUUCAGAUUUGCUAGACAGUGUCUGAAUGACUGCCAUGUGAAUGGGCAGUUUGUUCCAGCUGGCACCAUUGUUGAAGUACCUGUCGCCUGCCUUCAUCAUGACAAGGAGUACUGGACAGAGCCGGAAAAGUUCAUUCCUGAGAGGUUUUUACCAGAGGCUAAACUGCAACGUCAUCCCUUUGUCUACCUUCCUUUUGGAGCAGGACCUCGAAGCUGUAUUGGAAUGAGGCUGGCUAUUCUUGAGAUAAAGAUUACACUGGUUCGAGUUUUGCAGAAGUUUGAGUUUGAGACUUGUCCUCAGACACAGAUUCCACUGCAGCUUAAUUCUAAAGCCACUCUUGGACCUAAGGAUGGCAUUUUCAUAAAGCUUGUACCACGCAGAGCAUUCUAUGCUUAACUCCAUAUCCUGUUGCCUAAUGAAGAUUAUUCAAUAAAAAAUGAGAAUAAACUUGCCAGUGGGAAUAAACUGAGAACCUGAAAUGAGAGGGUUAUCCUGAAAUAUAUUCCUGGAAUUAGAACCAAAUGCAUUUUAUGGGAUUUUCCUGGAAUUAUUAAAGAUAUGAAUGCAUAGCUGAUACAUAAUUGAGAGCUAUGAAGCUGGAACUCGAUGAAGUCAUUUAAACUAGUGUAUUACUAUCUUUGAUUUCUGUUUUAUAUUUUGUUUGCAGGUUACACCAGGUACACUGGUGCUUCUUUAAUACAAAAUGUAAUAAUUCAGUGGUAAAGCCCCAAAGGCUGUAUUGUUAUUGAAGAUCCUUAACCUUUAUCUAAAAGAAGCAUAUGAUGUUAUGUGACUUGAGCCACUAAUAACAUGCUACUGUCUCUGUGUGUGUUAUUAUACAUUUAAUGUUAUUUGACAUUAUUUCUUUUUUGUUUAGCAGUUGAUUUCUUGGGAAAAUGAAUAUGUCUGUUAGACUGUAACACACGUUUUCUGUACUUGUCUUUAGAGACAGCUUCUUUAAUAUCCUACAAGUCUUAUUCCUAUAAUAGCUGGUUAAGUAUUCAGAAUUGUUAAUAUGAUUUAUAUGUUGUUGCAAUAACAGAUGCAAAAAAUUGUUAACUGCCACUAUUCAGAAACUAAAUUGUACUUUAAAUUUCAUCCUAUCAGUGACAGAUUUCAUAAACAUUAUGCAAAAUAUUUUUGUGCAGAAAAACAAAUGCAUGGGGAAAAAUUAAAUUCUCCUGUCAAAAUA